AACCGGUGCGUUGAUUGUUGCCAUAUUGCAUCAGGUUAGGUGUCCCGUGAGCGCCUGAGAGAAAAUAAAUUGAACGAUUUUUAGAGUUACUGUGGUAACGAGAGGUUCUAGUUCUAGCCGUAUUAUCACUUUAUUAUCACGUGUCGUGUUGCCGAAUUCUGCUGAAUCACAGCACUAAAUUAGACAUCAGACCAAAUCUAUUUAAUCAUCUAAACGUCAUCAUGCCUAAAGGAGGGAAGAAGGGUGGACACAAGGGUCGUAUGAGAACCUACACAAGUCCUGAAGAGAUAGAUGCUCAGAUGAAGGCUGAGAAAGAAAGGAAAAAGAAUGAAGAGGAAGAAGAAGGAGCAGCAGUGAAUGAUAAUCAGAAGGAUGACAAAUUUGCAGGAUCAGGUUCAGAGGACAGUGAUGACGAAGGCUCUGGAAAAAGAAAAGGUGUGGAGGGAUUAAUCGAGAUUGAAAACCCAAAUCGGGUUGCUCAGAAAGCCAAGAAAGUAACAGAGAUAGAACUUGAGGGAACCAAACAGCUUUCUAGAAGAGAGAGAGAGGAGAUCGAAAAGCAAAAGGCCAAAGAAAGAUACAUGAAGAUGCAUUUAGCAGGGAAGACGGAUCAAGCCAAAGCAGACUUGGCUCGGCUUGCGAUAAUUCGAAAGCAACGGGAAGAUGCUGCAAAGAAAAAAGAAGAGGAAAGGAAAGAGAAAGAAGCGGCACAGGCAGCAGUGGCGGCGGCAAAAAGACUUCAUACACUAUCCCUGAAAUGAUAGUCAGAAAUGUUUUAUUAAAGAACUGCAGUGUACAAAUAUAUAUAGUCUAUUUUCAAAGACAGGCUUGAUUGUAAUUGAGUAUUAUGCUUUUUAAUGAGUUACAGUGCAACAUUUCAUUGAAUAAGGGAUAUUUAUGCAUUCUCAGUGCUAACCUUGAAAGUCUAUAAUUGAUGCUCAUGUGUAGGGUGUUUCCUGCAGUGUAGCUACAUGACAAAGCAUAGAUAGUUAUUUAAUGAUAAUAACUAAUAUUUAUUUCACACGAGUCCUUAAAAGUAAACUGAAUGCAAUCAAACAAAUGAGCCAAAAAUAUUAUACUUCAUUUAAUUAUUGAGAAAAAUGAUCCAGCUUUACAUAUCUGUAACUUGCAAAACUAUGUGAACUUUUGAUUUCAGUAUCUGUCGUGAGCCCUUGUGCAGUAAUAACAGUAAGUAAAGUGUCUGGUGGCUUUUGAUCAGUCCUGCACAAAGUCUUGAGAGGAAAUUUAUCUCAUUCCUCUGUACAGAACAGCUUCAACACUGGGAUUUUGAUGGGUGACCUCACAUGAACUGCUUGCUUCAGGUCCUUCCACAAUUUUUCUUUUGGAUUAAGCUCAGGACUUUGACUUGGACGUUCCAAAACAUUAUCUUUGUUCCUUAUUAAUCAUUCUUUGGUAGACAGACUUGAGUUCUUGUGCUCGUUGUCUUUGUGUAUGACCCUUUGUUUCUUGAGGUGCAGUUCAUGGACCGAUGUCUUGCCAUUUUCCUUUAGAAUUCACUGGUGUAAUUCUGAAUACAGUGUUCCAUCAAUGAUGGCAAACUGUCCUGGCCCAGAUGCAGAAAUACAGGCCAAAAGCAUGAUACUACCACCACCGUGUUUCACAGAAGGUAUACGGUUCUUAUGACGGAAUUUAGUGUUUUGCAUUUUAAAAAAAUAAGCCUUCUCAUUUCAAACCAAAAAGUUUUAUUUUGCCCUCAUUCCUCCAAAAAAUUAUUUUUCCAGCAGUCCUCUGGCUUGUACACGUCAUGGGUAGCAAUGUUCUUUUUGGAGAGUAGUGGCUUUCUUGGGAGGUUCACAUACUUUUGCCUCUCACAGAUAUAUAAUAUUAGAACAGUUUCCUGAAUAAAAAAAUGACCAAGUAUGA